AAACACAAAUUUUAUAGAAUGGUUGAAUAACCACUACAAAGACGUAUCGCAAAAAAAGAUUUAAAACCAAAUUACUGUAAACUUUUAACUUGACUUUGGCGCGUGUCUAUCUAAGUGCAAGGUUUUAAUAUGUAAUGAUUUUUGUUGGAUUUUAAUUAUGGCCGCGAACAGCUGUUAGGAUUUUAUGACGUAAGGGCUCGCACUUGGCUGGAACUAGUGACCGACGUAUAAAAUUGUGCCUGUUACCGUCCUGCACUUCAAGGUUCGAUACCAUGACUGUUUCAAGAAGAAAUAUAGUUUGCGCAACAUGUUUAACAUUUCUGCUACCUGCGAUAUUUGGCUACCCAACCGGUCCGUUAAAAAGUGCCUGCGAUAACAUGACGCCUCUUCAUGGACUACUUCCAAGCACAGAUCCAUUUGAAUACACAAUUUCUACAUCCAGUCGGACUUAUUGCAAGACGAGCCGAAUUACAGUGUCAAUAACUGCAAAAACCGGCGUUCCUUUUAAAGGAUUUUUCUGUCAGGCUCGACCAAUAAUAAACACUUACGAGACGGUUGGAAAGCUGGAGAGAAUAGAGGGGGUAAAAAAUACAACAAAUGUUUGCGGUGAUGAGAUUGCAGCCUUGUCACACGCAGAUAGCAACGAUGUGUCUUCUGUGUUCUUCAAAUGGAUACCAGACGAGACGAAGACAAACAAUGUUUAUAUAGUGUGCACUGUUGUACAAAAAAGGAUCAGAUAUUGGGUAAAACAAACAUCUGAAAUGUUAACGUUUGUUGAAUUAAACAACUGUCCAGUUACUGAAUUGCCAAGGGAGUGUGCAAAUGAUCAAGUUUGCGAUACGGCUAUUAAGUACUCAAUUUGUAAUAGAAAUGCCGACGCCGACGGAAAUUGUGAAUGUCCUUCCGACAGAAUAUUUAAUGAUCCGGCGAACCCAUCUUGUUCAGAAAAAGGUUUAGGCGACAGUUGUACGGCGCUGGCAGACUGCAAGUUUGUAACAUCGUCCAUUUGUAAUACAGAAAGAAAAUGCGCAUGCACCACUGGCUAUGUUGCUAAAUCAAAUGCAUGCGUUGUUGAACAAGUUUCUGAUGUCGUCUGCAAUACCAACACUGAUUGUUCUCGGUUCCAAUAUUCUCGAUGUAACCAGGCCACUUCCAGGUGCUAUUGUACACAAGAGGUGAAAGAAGUGAACGGAAGAUGUGAACUGAAAGUUCUCGAAGACAGUUGUGAACAAGACACCGACUGUACUGCAGGAGUUGCACAAUCGACAUGUAGUCAAACCUUAAAGAAGUGUCAAUGUAGAGAUACGUACCUUGAGCAAAAUGGUCAAUGUGUAAGAGAUCCCACUGUGUGUACCGUUGAUACAUGCAGAAAUAUUCCGAAUUCGUACUGUGAUGCUGGGGUUUGUUUGUGUACAUCUGCAUACAAGAGAGUAAGUGGUCAAUGCGUAUCGAAGGGUUUAGGGGAUACAUGCGGCGCAUCAUCCGACUGCGUCAGCGUCUCAGAUUCAACAUGUGCGUCGGGAAAAUGCACGUGCCGCUCGACCUAUAUUCAACAAGGAGACAGGUGUAUUCUAGAUACAACAAUAUGUACGACCGAUACAUGCAGAAACAUUCCGAACUCUCGUUGCGUCACCGAAAGUUGUGUUUGUUUAUCCGGAUACAAGAAAGCGAACGGGUUAUGCGUCCCUAAAGUUCUUGGAGAUCCCUGUGAGUCCAACAGUGAAUGUACUGCUGUGAAGGAGUCAGUGUGUGACCUCGGGGGUACCAAAAUAUGCAUCUGUUCAGCUUUAUAUAAACAACAAGGGAUUGAAUGUACUCUCAAAGAUCCAGGUGAUCCGUGCAACGCAGAUACUUGUAAAGAUGUCCCAGAUUCGUUCUGCAAUCCUGGAAGCACUGUGUGCAACUGCCUGCCCGCAUAUAAAAGUCAAGGAAAUACCUGUGUUCCAAAAGUUCUUGGAGAUGGAUGUGGCGUCACUAAUGACUGCAAAGCUGUGACAAACUCAAUCUGUAAUCCAACUACAUCAACAUGCGUAUGUUCAAACUCCUAUAAACCAAAAGAUGGCCAAAAUAACCAAUGUAUUUGGAAAGGUCUCAGCGACACAUGUAGUGCCAUAGAUGACUGCAAAGGUGUUCCGAACUCUGUCUGCAAUGCUAAUAACAAAUGUGACUGUACGAGCGCGUACAAGGCGAUAAAUGGACAAUGUCAAAUGAAAGGAUUGACGGACGAAUGCACACAAGACACAGACUGUAACCCUCAACAAAAUGUGGGUGUGAAAUGCGAUCUUGCCACCGAACUAUGUACAUGCAUGGGGGCGUACAAACGAUCUGCGGACACAUGCACAUUUAAAGGUCUUUCGGAUGUCUGCUCGACCACCGAUAACUGCAGAGGUGUUCAAAAUGCUGUUUGUGACUCGGCCAGGCAGAUAUGUGUGUGCUCUGUCGCGUAUAAAGAAAUAGGCGGGCAAUGUUUAACACGUGAGCUCGGAGAGACGUGUAUAAGGGACGAAUAUUGUCGAGGGAUCACGAAGUCGAUUUGCAGCAAUUUGGACAAAAAAUGUACAUGCGCUGAUGGAUAUAUUGAACGUGAUAAGCGAUGUGAAUUGGAAGUGUACGACAUAGUUUGCGCCAAUAAUGCCGACUGUACUCCUAUUGCUCUAGCCGUAUGUGAUACCGGAAAUACAAAGAAAUGUGUUUGUCCAACCGGAUACACGAGGAAGGAAAGCCGAUGCCAGCAAAUAGUACUAGGAGGAGAGUGCAUUAUGGACGUAGACUGUAGAGGUGUUCCGAAUGCAGUUUGUAACGCAUCUAAGAAAUGCGCAUGCCCAGCAUGGCAAAAACAACUGUCAACAACUCAAUGUGAGGUUAAAGGUAUUGGUGACAGUUGCAAAUACAACGAUGAUUGCAGAGGAACACCGCACGCUCUGUGUGAUAGAAUUUACACAAACAUGUGCGAGUGUAUGUCCGCAUACAAACAGAUGUCCAACACGACGCACAAGUACUGUGAAAUAAGAGGGAUCGGUGAUAACUGCGUAAACUCCGCAGAAUGUGUGGGCAUCAAGGGUUCAAGCUGUCAGAACAGUAAAUGUGCAUGUCCUCAAGGAAUGAAAAGCGUGAAUUAUGAUUGUGUACCGAAAGUGCUACAAACGUACUGUGAUAUUACCGAGGAGUGCAAAGAAGUAAGUUAUGCAAUAUGCAUAGACAACAAAUGCACGUGUUCCUAUGGUUACGAUACCGUCAUUGAGCAAGACACGUGCAGAUCCAAUGGGCAACUUACUGGAGGGGUGCCAUCAAGAACAGUUUUAUCUGGCGGAACUUUGAUGUUUUGUUUUAUAGUGCAAAUCGUAUUUUCUAAAUUUAAGUGUUCAUAAACCAAAUACAAAUUAUAGUCCCAGAAGAAACGGCUCUUACAUAGAGGAUGAAAUCCACUACUCAUUGUAACAUUUUUUGUGAUAAACAUUUUCAGUUUUCUACAAGAUAUACAUUGUUUGUAAAGCACACGUUUAUUAAAAAAAGUGUUUGUGUAUAAUAAACGUAACCAGGAAUAUAUGAACAUAAUAUUUACAUUACAUCUCGACAUGAAGAAAGAUAUUUAAAUGUAGAUUUGUUUCUAUGGCAGAAACUACUUAAACAAUUAUAGCAACUCCCCGGCCAAACAAUAAAAGCAACUCCCCGGCCUUUCCCGUCAAACUUUGGACAAAGAUGAUUAUUGCUAAUCGGCAAGGUGUUCCGAAUGCAAAAUCGCAUAUCACUCCGCACAUAUGAUCUUAUUUGUUUUAAAGCUGCUUUUCUUUAGAUAUUUUUAUGACUUUUAUUUCGGCUAUUGUUACAUGCAAGAUUUAUCCUUAAAAAUUCAUAAAUACUAUUGAUACUAAGUUAGGGAAUUAUACAUGCACUGGAUUCAAAAUUCAAACAAGACAUUAUAGUUGUAAAGCAUUAUUCUCUUAUGAUGUCAUUUCAAGCAAUUUGAUUUCCUUUGUAUUUAUUUUACAACUAGUAAUCAAUUUUGCUGAUUAUAAGUCAUGUGUGAAAAACGUGAACAGGGAUAAUGCCCUUAUUCUGUGGACGGUAACAGAAUUUGCCCAUGUAUCCCGUGCAGAACAAGAUAAGCUGGCACGUGCCUGUUCAUUAUCUGCACCGUUCGCUAUUUAGUCACUACAUAUUUGAAUUUUUUACCUAAUAUGACGAAUGGUUCUGUCCAAGGUAAACAAAGAUGGACAAAUUCUUUGAAGAAUUCUUUGAAGAUGUAUCGUAUUCAAUUUCAUGUGUAAUUUGAACAAACUGUAUUUAGUACUUUUUCUACCUAUAGUUUAUUACUUUAAAUGCAUAAUCGAAAUUUUUCGGCCCUUUCCGUCAAACAUCGGAUAUGGAUGAUUAUUUAUAAUCGACGAGGUGUCCCGAAUGUUUGUUGUAUGACCAUUACUGAUUCAAAAAGACUUCAUUCCCCCAUAUACAUGUAUUUAAAACCUAACAAGUACCUUUAUUGUUUCAAAUUAUUUUUUUAUUAAUGUUUAUUUUUUAACUUUAUAUUUGUAAAUGGAAAAUAUAUUUAUAACAAAUGUUUUGUGCAAGCAAAUAUAUAAAGAUAUGAUUA